AGAGCCUUAGCAGGUACUUAAUUACAUGUCAGCAAAUACAAUAGUACCAGUGGUAGUGUUGUACAUAGUAAGCAUCUCCCAUGACUUACUGUGGACAAGUCUGAUUAACAGGACGAUAUACACUGAUUGAAAAAUGUAUUACUUUGUUACAGCUAUUUUAGGUGCGUGUGGCAUGAUGGUGGCGGCCUCCGCCGUGGCGGGUACUGGGUGUAGCGACCACCGUGUCGACGGGGACCCGCCGCUGCCACCUGUACACUUCCUCACACACGCCGCCUUCCACCCCUUUCAAGAAUUCAAGGAUAUGACUUGUUUAGAAUGCAAAUCAGCUGCUGCAGCUUUGGACACUUUGAUGGCUGAAGGAGGAACUGUAGAAGAGCUCGAAAAUCUGGCCAUUACUGAAUGCAUUAACUUCAACAUGUUUCCAAGUGAUGUUUGCUCUAGCAUGGUCAAGUUGUGUGGGGCAGAAGUGCUCUACGUGCUCAACAAUACUGAGUACAACUACGACACCGUAUGUGGCUGGCUGCUUGGUGGCCACUGCAAGAACACAGAGCUUGAGCCCUGGACUAUAGAGAUACCUGGAGGGAAGCCUGAGCCAUAUCACCCAGAACCUGAGCAGCCCACUCCUAAUGUACUGAGGAUCCUGCAUCUGACUGACACCCACGUCGACCUCCUGUAUGAUGAAGGCAGCGCUGCAUACUGUGACCAUCCACUGUGUUGUCGGCACGCGUUUGGCGACCCUGGUCCAGGCGAGGCUGCGGCCGGACACUGGGGCACACUGGCCAACUGUGAUAUUCCGCUACGCACGCUGGAAGACAUGAUUGCUCAAGCUGCUCUCACCAACCCAGAUCUUGUAUAUGUAACUGGCGACCUCCCAGCCCAUGAUGUGUGGGCCCAGGACCAUGCCAGUAACUUGGCUGCCAUAAAUACCACCAACAACAUUCUCAAGCAAUAUUUUCCCGACACACCUGUCAUCAGUGCUCUUGGCAACCAUGCGUCAGCACCUGUUAACAGCUUCGUAAUACCAGCAGCGUACAGUGAUGGUUGGAGCAUGAGUUGGUUGUACGACGGUGUGGCCGACAUGUGGGCACACUGGCUGCCAGAGGAGGUCUUGGCUGACGUACGACGAGGAGGAUUCUUCUCCUACUCCCCGCUGCCUGGUCUUCGUGUUGUAUCCAUCAAUAUGAACUUCUGCAAUACAUUAAAUUGGUGGCUGCUGCUGGACAACGAAGACCCGGUGCAGGAGCUCCAGUGGCUCCUGGAGACCCUGGCUGCAGCAGAAGCGUCUGGGGAGGUGGUUCAUCUCCUUGGUCACAUCCCACCUGGGAAUAGUGACUGCGAUCAUACAUGGAGUCACGUCUUCAAUCAAAUUAUUGUCAGGUACGAGUCAACAAUUCGAGCAAUGUUCCUUGGACACACGCACAACGAUAUGUUGCAGGUAUAUUAUGACCCAGAUGACGACACCCGCCCGGCAAUUGCAGCAUUCGUCACUCCCGCAGGAGCCACGGGCGGUAGUAGUAACCCGUCGUACAAGGUCUUCAUGGUGGACGCCGGUCACAACGACGCCACUUGGAGCGUUGUGGACGUGGAGACGUACAGCAUGAACAUGACGGAGGCUAAUGAGGAGGGCGGUGCUCCAGAUUUCCAACUGAGAUACUCAGCUCAAGACUCCUAUGGUGUUACUUCCCUGACUCCAGCGAGCCUUGACCAGCUUGUGCUAGACUUAGCUACUGAUGAAACACUUUUCCAAAAAUAUGAAUGGAAUACACACAAUACUUGGGCAGAGAUACCAGAUGACUGGAGCUGUGACAAGGACUGCCUCAAGGCAACUGUGUGCAGGCUGGUCACCGGCGACUCUUCCAACCAUGAUCCGUGCCUCCGCAUUGAAGCCAUUAUUGAUGCAGCUCACACUUCAUCAUAACCAAGUCCAGAUUGUCUUCCCAUCAAGAUUUCUCAGACUAAAUUUUUAUAAAGGCUAUUUUCUCGUAUGGUAUUUUUAUGGUUAUGUUAAAACCUUAAAAGAAGUGUGAUUCUUGGUGUACUAAUUAUUGAGCAGUUACGAGUCUGAAUUUAUAAUCUGGUUAUGUUUCAAGAAGCUUUUAUUAGCAUAAUUAGCUACAAUAAAGUUCCUGUUCCGUG